AAAUCAGUCUGUCCUGACUAAGCUCAACAGUCUCCAGUCUACCAACUGGUCUCUGUAAUAACUAUUUAAAUCAGUCUGUCCUGACUCAGCUCAGCAGUCUCCAGUCUACCAACUGGUCUCUGUAAUAACUAUUUAAAUCAGUCUGUCCUGACUCAGCUCAGCAGUCUCCAGUCUACCAACUGGUCUCUGUAACUUCAUCUUUGUCUCUGUGGUGUACAGUCUUCAGGUGAUGAUGGGGGUAUUGAAUCAUCUCUCUACUCUCCUCCUCCUCCUCUCUCUCCUUCCUCCUGCUCUCUCUCAUGUAGUAGAGAGGUUCAGUGAUGUUACAGACUGUGAGACGUUCUUCCUGGAGGGGACAACUCCAAAUCUCCCAGGUAUUUUGGUUGGUGGGAAAGUCCAGGACCAGAACCGCUACAAGCCGAUCUGCCAGAAGUACAAGAAAACCUACAUGUUUGCAACUCUCUACGACACGACCAACAUGAUCCCUGUGUUCUCAGCCUACACCUUCACUGGGGUCGGACCGAGCGGGACAAGACCAGAUACAUGGAUGAUUGAACCUCAGCUGGACGGAGGAAUUGAACCAGUUAUGGGUCUGGAGAAACAAGGGGUUAUUUAUACACACCAGGCUGUCAAUCAGGAUUAUGAUGAAUACGGUAAAGGCAAGAAGGUGAACAAAGGUCACUUGUUUCCUAAAUCUUUUGCUCACCAACCUGUAAAUCAGGACUCCACCUUUACCCUGACAAACGCUGUUCCUCAAGUAAAGACAUUUAAUGAAGGUAGCUGGGGAAAGAUGGAGUGUACGGUUAGAAAGAUACUCCUGAAGCAAUGCCUUGAUAAUAAUGGUCAACCCAAGGCCUAUGUGUUGACUGGAGCAGUUCCCAGUGUCAACAACAAACUGAACAACCGAGUGAACAUCCCAGAUCUCCUGUGGACAGCCUACUGCUGUUACAACAUCAAGAAGAAAGAGUGGAUGGCCAAAGCACACUGGGGUGAAAACCAAGAGGAAACAAACAAACAAGUAUUGAACCCCCAUACCUUGUCAGAGCUGUAUAACAUGUUGAAGCAGCACUACCCAGGUGGUGAUGUCCAGGUGUUCCCAGAUCAGUGUCCAAGAGGUUCUUCUCAGAAAGAGAGAGAGAAGAGCAGAGAGAGGGAGAUAGGAAGUGGGGAUAUUAGCGGGAAAGGGUUGAUGACAUGUGAUGAGGAUUGUAAAUGUGUCUCUUUGUAGGUGACACAGUCCCAGAGUUUGGUCCAGUGGUAACACAGACAACUCUAAAACAUAUUUACCAUGGA